AUGGCUGGUUUUGGUGAUUAUAACAAUUAUAACAGACCCUAUGGGCUUGAUCCUAAUAGAGAAACGAAUGAUCUUUAUGAUACUCGUUAUCAGCAAAUAUAUGGGUAUCAUACUCCUUUAAAUGAAGAAUAUCAAGGUCCUCCUCUGGUUAUGGAUGACAUUUCGGAAGAAGAGAACAAUACAUAUGUAACUACAGCAAUCAGUGUUGCAAGUUUGGUAACGGAAAACUUACUUAGCCAUCCUUUUAUUGUUUUAAGGAGGCAAUGUCAAGUUCAUAAUACUUUGAAGAACUACCACAUUGUACCCUAUACAUUACUACCUGUGGUGGUGCGAUUACACAGACAUCAAGAAUGUACUACAUUGUGGAAGGGUAUUGGGUCUACUUGUAUAGUCAAAGGCCUUAAUUUAGCUAUAGAAGAUGUUAUUUCAAAAGGAACUGGAUGGCCCAAAGAAAUAAGCAAAUGUGGCUCUAUUGUACAAUUUCUUCAACACAUGGCCCUGAAAUGUAUUAGUUUAGCUGUAAUAACUCCAUUCUAUUCUGCAAGUUUAGUUGAAACUGUACAGAGUGAUAUAGCAAGUGACAAGCCCGCAGUUCUUGAUGUGUUUAGAGAAGGUUUUAUGAGAAUCCUAGAAUGGGGUACCCCCAGCCGUGGAAGAAUGCUGCCUAUUUGGGCAAUUGUCUUGCCAACUGCAGCAUUUGGAAUUUCAAAGUAUUUUGCUCACUCAACUCUUAAGAGCAUAACAGUGAGGGUACUGCAGUUUCAACAGAGACACAGACAUGAGCUAAGUCCAACCUAUGAAUUGAAUAAGGCUAAAACUUCUAAUCCACUAAUAGAGGAUUUAAACUUAAAGGCUAACAUUUUUUCAUUCAUUGCCAUGGAGAUAAUUUUUUAUCCUGUAGAAACUAUAAUACACAGGUUGCAUAUACAGGGAACAAGAACAAUAAUAGACAACUUAGAUGCGGGUACAUCAGUUACACCAAUCCUUACAGGAUAUGAAGGCUUCCUUGAUUGUUACAAUACAACAAUAACCAAAGAGGGCUUUGGAGGAUUGUACAAAGGUUUUGGAGCACUUGUGUUACAGUUGGCAGCUCAUCUCGCCAUAAUUAAAUUUACUACACUUGUAGUAUCUGAAAUGUCCAACCUUUUGAAACCAGCAAACUCACCUAAUUCUGAAGAGACUGUUAGUUCACAACAGAAGUAUUUAUUUAAUUAA